UAUAAUCUAGUGGACGGUUCUUCAGAAACAGCUCGUCAACCACCUCGGUAGCUUGCUAGCCAACAUACCCGAAAGAUUCAAGCUAUUUAUACGCUUUCGGUGUAUAUUACCUACUGUGUUUUAGACACACUUCUGUCGUAUCUACUUGUUAACCUGUUUUAUUUAAUAUUAUGUUAUUUUGUAUUAGUCAGCUAUAGUAGCUGGCUGGUUAAGUUAGCACUAGCCUAGUCGCUAAUGAUAGCUAGCUAGCUAACAUCCCCGAACAUGAGGUCAGUAAGCUUCUCCCCUCCUGUUAAAGAAGAGGAGGUCUGCUGGACGGAGAAAGAAGCUCUGGGGCUGAACAUUGUCGUGAACGAGGAGAAGGAAGAGGAGGAUAUCACAGUAAAACAAGAAGUAUUGGAUGAGGCUGUUACAGUGAAAGAAGAAGAGAAAGACGUUUCAGUGAAAGAGGAGGAGGAUGUUACAGUAAACGAAGAAGAGAAGGAUGUGAAAGAGGAGGAGGGGAAGAUUACUGUCACAUUGGAGGAAGAAGAGGAGGUUGGAGAUCUGUUUAACCCCAAUAAAGAGCGCUAUGGAAGCCAGUCUACAUAUGAAGAGGUCCCAAUGAAGAGCAGUGGUUCUCAGUCCUGGGGACUCAAAGAGGCACAUUGUUGUUUUUGCCUCAGCACUGCACAGCUGAUUCAAAUGAUCAACUCAUCAUCAAGCUUCAAGUGAUACCUUGUAACUGGAGAUUCCUUCCAAACGAUUGCCUACAGUUGCCGUGUAGGGCACUGCAAGGUUGGGUGACCAGGGUCAUCUGGGAUUGCCUCCUGGAGGAAUUCAGGUGUGUGAAAGCUACCUGUGUCCUGCGUAACUUCAUGAGGAUGGACACGAGGACCAGGAGGGGAUCUGCAGCUCGCCGCCGUGUCCCAGAGGAGGAGUCUGCUGCUCUGCAGGAUGUUUCAAGGAUGGGGUCCAACAACGCAGCAAGAGAGGCAAUCCGUGUUCGGGAGAUCUUCACCUCCUACUUCUUCAAAGAGGGUGCUGUUCCCUGGCAACACCAUAGACUACACUAUGCACAACCAAAGGCUCUUUUAAGAGGGUGCUGUUCCCUAGCAACACCAUAGACUACACUAUGCACAACCAAAGGCUCUUUUAAGAAGGUGCUGUUGCCUGGCAACACCAUAGACUACACUAUGCACAACCAAAGGCUCUUUUAAGAGGGUGCUGUUCCCUGGCAACACCAUAGAUUACACUAUGCACAACCAAAGGCUCUUUUAAGAGGGUGCUGUUCCCUGGCAACACCAUAGACUACACUAUGCUCAACCAAAGGCUCUUUUAAGAGGGUACUGUUCCCUGGCAACACCAUAGACUACACUAUGCACAACCAAAGGCUCUUUUAAGAGGGUGCUGUUCCCUAGCAACACCAUAGACUACACUAUGCACAACCAAAGGCUCUUUUAAGAGGGUGCUGUUCCCUAGCAACACCAUAGACUACACUAUGCACAACCAACGGCUCUUUUAAGAGCCAUUCACAUUGCAAUAGGAGUAUUCUUCCAUUUACUUAGCUAUGUCAACUGCAGUUAUUCAAUUUACAGUUUCUCUCCCUUUGAUUUCUACUUCUCAGGUGAGGGUGCUGUUUAGGUAAGGGUGUGAUGUCUGUGCAAAAAUAAAACAGGCUGAUUUAAAUCACUCAUAUUGAAAAAAUGUAGAACAAUUAGACACCCUAUAACCCACACCUACACACUCAUGUAUCAAUCUGAUUGAUGGAUUGUGUUGUGCAGUAAGCAGGCUCAGGUGUAUAACUGUGGCUCCUUCCACCUUCAAAGAAUAGGCAAGAGGGCCAACCAUGGAGAAUAGUAAGACACUUCAUUAUUUCUAUAACUACGCUAUAUUGUUUGUCCUUGUGUGUCUGUUCAUGUUUUUCAGCAUAAAGUACUCUGCAGCCACUUAGUGUGGUGUGGACACCAGGUGAGGCCACACACAGAUUCCUGUUGAACACUGUGGCUUUAACUACCUUAUUUUCUCAAUAACAGUCUCUCUCCUCCACUUCAUCCCUCUCUCCCCUUCUCCCUAAGUCCUCUAGGUUAUAUCAGCUGUGUCGGUGAACCCCUCCUGCAUCUGAACUGGCUACAUAGAGGGCACAGCAUGAUCAGAGAUAUGUUUUGAUGUGAGAGGAUGCCAACCCCUAGUCCCAUCAUCGCCACCUCACCCUCUUUUAAGAUCACCUUUGGUCCAACUAGAGACACUAUUAUGUAAUUGUGAUGAACUGAGAGAAUAUUUAUGUAGCACUGUGAUUCAUUAAUCAUGUGCUGCCUUCCCUGCUCCUAUGUGCUUACCUCUUUCCCUUUCUGUCUUUUACACCUCUCUCUCCACCUCCUCUUUCUUCCUCUGUUUUUAUAAUGCACAACAGAUGUGCAUUGAAGUACAGAUUGAACUUGUAUUUAUAACACUUGGAUAAUGAGCUUUUCAAUCAAGCGUUUCACAUUCUCUACUGGUUGAAAUGAAGUGUAAUGUGAUGAAAUACUCCACCUAUCCUGUGUUUAUCAGAUCAAUGCAGAUGAAGGGUAUUAGAUGUUGAGAUGAACCGGUGUUGGAGUAUUUACAUGAUGCAUAGGAAGUGUAGUGUUCUGUUUUUUAACAUGAUAUUUCUGUAUAUAUGAAUUAACUAGUUAAAUCCUGUUUCUAGUCUAUUAGUUACAAUGUGUAACCAUUGAUGUCUCAGGACCAAGAUUGGUAAACACUGUUGAAGUGUAUAAUUGUAAUACAUACAUGCAGACACAGCGUCAUUCAAAAACUGGAAUUUGAUUCUCCUGGUAUUGGAUAUGACUGAAAAAUCAUCUCAAAGACAUUCAUUCCUAAACUGCACAUUUAUUUGCAAAGGUAGAGUACAUGAUCAGUGAAUAUAUUAAAUGUACAGGCUACAAUGUGGGGAUCUCAUGCAUGGUAAUAACUACAUAUACGACUUGCAUCCUUGGCACAACAUGAUAUUAUAUUCUACUCAAUCCAUAGGCUUCAUUAAUGUCAUUCAGGCUGUUUUGAAGUUGAUACAACUGGCUAUGAUAGCUGAGGUUCAUAGCUAGGUUCUGAACUAAUAUGUAUACCAAACGUUUGGGUCCAUACACAGAUCGGCUAGAUAGCUAGCUACACAUCCAUGGGCAUACAGGUAUUUUAAUCAUCCACUGCACAAUAAGCAAGAAAAUAGCUAAUUGCGUGAUUUCAUCUAUCUGCAUAGCAAACAUAAGCAAGGAAAGCUUACAAAAUUGUACAUUCAAUUUGCAGUAAAAUCUUCAGCUAGCUAGAUUCUAUACAUCCACUGUUUCACAAAACGGCAGUCUGGUUUGCUGGUUGUUUCAGGAGUCCCUAAAACAACCAGAAUUACAAUUUCAUACUCAUGUCACAACACCCAUAAAGCUAGCCAGCUAGCUGGCUAAUGUUAGCUAGUCAGCUAGCUGGCUAAUGUUAGCUAGUCAGCUAGCUGGCUAAUGUUAGCUAGUCAGCUAGCUGGCUAAAUCACGAUUUUUGUAAAUGAACUAUUAUUUUAAAAAUGCAUAAUCGUUUGUCUCUACAUGAACUAACAUUCCUGUCAACUGUACAUGUUUUUGCAUGAUUAGUUAUGACUUUAUAAUCCCUUACAUUUGCUUCCAUCCUAGUAUUUCUGUCCGCCAUCUUUGAUUCAGUUCAGUUCUGUGUAGGGGUUCCCCUCUUUCCUAGUAUUUCUGUUCGCCAUCUUUGAUUCAGUUCAGUUCUGUGUAGGGGUACCCCUCUCUUCUAGUAUUUCUGUUUGCCAUCUUUGAUUCAGUUCAGUUCUGUGUCGGGGUACCCCUCAAUUCUAGUAUUUCUGUCCGCCAUCUUUGAUUCAGUUCAGUUCUGUGUAGGGGUUCCCUCUCUUCUAGUAUUUCUGUCCGCCAUCUUUGAUUCAGUUCUGUGUAGGGGUACCCCUCUCUUCUAGUAUUUCUGUUCGCCAUCUUUGAUUCAGUUCAGUUCUACUAUAUCUUUGCUGAAGAAAGUCUAACAGUCACUAGUGCAGCAGCAGCCUCCCCCGGCCCGGUAAAAAGUUUAAGAUGAGAUGGAACGGUUGACAGAAAAAAUAUAUUGACUGAUAUUGAUUUAUUUAGGGGGGGCUAAUUAAUAUUUUAGUUCUAGCGACGCCCCUGAUUCCUACCCUUUAACUUUUUGUCUGAAAAUAAAAUAUACGUUUUACUCAAUUGUGUUAUCCACUCCAGUCAGCAUAUAGCGGUCUGCGACUUUAAGGCAAUGCUGCUACUGUGACGUAUAAUCUAGUGGACGGAACGCUUCUUUCAACAGCAGCAACAGACAAUCAGACAGGCAGCCACCUCGGUAGCUUGCUAGCCAAAAUAGCCGAACCAAUAUAGCUCUUUAGACGCUUUAGUGUAUAUUAGCCACUGUGUUUUAAACCCUCUUCUGUCGUCUAGUUGGUUAGUUAUCCGUUUUAAUUUCAUAUUUACGGUGUUGUUGUUAUUAUUCCGUUAGCGGGCUGGUUAAGUUAGCAUUAGCCUAGCUAGCUAACAUCCCCGACCAUGCGGUCACUAAGCUACUCCCCUGCUAUAGAAGAAGCGGGUAUCACAGUAAAACAAGAAGUAGAGGAUGAGGCCGUUUCAGUGAAAGAAGGGGAAGAAGCGUUCAGAGUGAAAGAGGAGGAGGAUGUUACAGUAAAAGGAGAGGAGGAUGCAGUUUAUGGAGUGAAAGAGGAGGAGGAAGAGAUGACUGUUACAUUGAAAACGGAGGAGGAGGAAGAAGAGGAGGAAACUGGAUAUCUAGUCCCGGUUUCCCAAACGCAUCUUAAGGUGUCCGAUGGUUCUAACGGUGAACUUAGCCAUAAGAUGGUUUUGAGAAACCGUUCCCUGAUUAACACUCGAGAGAGAUGUGACUAUCGUGGAUCCUCUGGGGAGCCUCAACAACCUCAUGAUGCUGACAAGGCAGAGAAGAGUCUCUCCAGAUCAGAACUCCUCAAGAAACACCAGCAGAGAUCGACAGGAAAGAAAUCUCAUUGCUGCUCUGACUGUGGGAAAUGUUGCAAAUCUUCAUCAGAACUUAAAAUACACCAGAGAACACACACAGGAGAGAAAUCUUUUAGCUGUGAUCAAUGUGGGAAGAGUUUUACUAUAUCUAACUCUCUGACUGUACACCAGAGAACACACAAAGGAGAGAAACCAUAUGGCUGUGAUCAAUGUGGGAAGAGUUUUGCUAAAUCUAGCCAUCUGACUGCACACCAGAGAACACACACAGGAGAGAAACCAUAUAGCUGUGAUCAAUGUCGGAUGAGUUUUUCUACAUCUAGCAAUCUAACUAACCACCAUAGAACACACACAGGAGAUAAUCCGUGCUGUGAUCAAUGUGGGAAGAGUUUUUGUACUCCUAGGUAUCUAACUAUACACCAGAGAACACACACAGGAGAGAAACCAUAUAGCUGUGAUCGAUGUGGGAAGAGUUUUACUCAGCCAAACAGCCUGAAUAUACACAAGCGGACACACACAGGGAAAGAGAUACUCUGAUAAAAGAUCUCUGAUUAAACAUAAAAUACAUCAAGGAGUUGUUUCUUGAUGUCAAUGAAAUAAUGUCACAAUGUAGAACGUUUUAACAUUGUAGUAGGAGUAUUUUAUUGAUGUCACAAUGUAGAAGCCUAAACAUUUGUACCUGUUACACUUCCCACGUUGGUGACCCACUUGAAUCAAAAUGCAACACUUCAAAAUGUAGCAAACUGCUUUCUACAAAUUGUCUUCUAACCAGUGAUGUACACAUUAUUCCCAGAUUCCGUGUGGUUUUUGAGCUGUUAGUUUUAACAGAACGUGCAACCUCAUCUCCCUUCUGUCACACAAUUGAUUUCAACAUGAUAUCGUUGAGUGAUGACAAAUAAGUGUUGUUCCUUUGUUUAGCGACCCCUAGAUUUAAAUGCAUCACUCCAAAAUGUAGCUGACUGUCUUCUGCGGGUUGUCCUCUAACCAGUGAGGUAAAAUAUAUCUCCCAUUUCCAUGUGUUUUUUUUUGUUGUGUUAGUUUCAACAGCACCUACAACCUGAUUUCCCCCCUAAUCGAUAUCAGUGAUUUAUUGCUACUUGUCAAAACAACAGCGUUUCUGGUGCUUGUGCAGUUUAUAAGGAGCUUGUUUAAAUAAAUAUAAAUACAAGUAAUAUGAUUAUUGUGGCAGAUGUUUGUGUAUAUAGUACAUUUUACGUUUAGGUUUUCAAUUUAUCACAAACUGUUUCUGCAUUUGGACUAUUGAUUUGGACACUGUUUAAACUGUGACAUUGGGGAUAUCCCACCUAGCAAACUGUCGACAUUGGGGAUAUCCUACCAAGCAAAUUGUCGUUGAAAAUAAGACUAUUCCCAACGUACAAUAUAAGUUUGGUUUUACUUGAAAGUUGAACAGAAAACGAUUUAAUUUCAACGUACGUACUUGCAGCUUAUACACAUGGACGCAGUAUAAUAAAUCGGUCUAUAAUCAAUUUUAUUAACAAUCCUAAUAAAUUGAGUCAUAAAUAUAAAAUAUAUUUGUUGUCCUAAGGGGAAGGUGUUACAGACUUUGGUUUUUCCAUUUAUGUUUUGAGGUUGGACUUUAGCACGUAUAGCUCGUUAGUACGUAUAGCUCGUUAGCACGUAUAGCUCGUUAGCACGUAUAGCUCGUUAGCACGUAUAGCUCGUUAGCACGUAUAGCUCGUUAGUACGUAUAGCUCAUUAGCACGUAGGACGCACAGAUUGGUGUCACCUCGUUAGUCAGUAUGUGUUACACUUGUGCUGGCUUUUCCAUCUCGUUAGUGGGAAGGUGUUUCACCUGAGCUGGUCCAGGUUCUAUUUAAAAGUGUCUGGCCCAGUGCUCCAUUUGUCUUGAUAGAUGUGGAGAGUCAACACCUUUUAGUUGCUCCACCUUUUUGGUUUACUUCCUGUCUUUAAGUUUGGUGUGGGUUUUUCUUUUGUUUGCCUCUUGGGCAGAUUUAGUGGGUCUCAUGGUGGGUGUCUUUUAUGUCCCAGUUGUUGUUACUAGUCAACUUUCAGUGGACACUGAGAGCAAAACUGCAACAUUAUGUUAUAAUACUUUUAUUGCAUCAAAUGGUUGUUUUAUGCAACAGAAUAGAGGGUUCUUAGAACUAUUGUGUCUGUGUGUUCUACUGAGGAUGGGCCUCUGGGAGAAAACACUGACAGGAGAUUUACAAUGUCUUUUGGGUGAUUAAAACCUAAAGAGACCGCAUUCCAGAGCAUGAGUUAAUGUUUCUGUUCUAUAUGGUACCAGGGAGAGAUGACCCCAGGGCCAGACCCUGGUCUCUACACAAAGAGUACAGUUUUUACAGCAGAUACUGUCUGCUGUGAAUUAUAAGUAUCUUUCAUACAAAUCUUAACCUUGUGACCCGUUCUAUACAUCUGUUGUUUGUCAUGUAGGUUGAAAGGGUGUAUCUUGGCUAUAAAAUACCUUUGUACUUUUGUCUCAUGGCUCUCAAUGAAUCUUCUGGGGGUGAUUCGUCAACCAGCCGUCAUUAUCGUAGAGCACUCAAUUGAUUCACUUUAUAUGUGUGUGUUGUAUUGACCUGCUCCCUUAAGUGAAUAAAGAUUUAGUUUAAGAAUAA